UACAUGAUCCAUAAAUGAUAUUUAACUACAUGAGCAGACAAUAAAUUCGUUCCAGUCCCAGGAACCUGGGCUCAACAAACGUAAAAAAAAAAAAAAAACUAAUGGCAGCGGAGAUAUUUUUUACUUCAGUGGGGGUAUUUUCGUCAUUAACAGCCACGGAAAAGCCCUAGUACCCUAAAAAGAAGCAGCCCAUUUGUCUUUUCUCUCUGAUCUUGUCUUUCUUCGUACUUCAGUCUCUCUUUCUCUAUCUCGAUUUUGUCUUCUUCGUACAAUUGAUAUCUGAAGUCCGCUAAUGUGUAAAGCCAACCACAACGACGAUUCUCCUCCUUUCUUCGACUCCGAGUCGGAGGAGGAGGAAGAGGAAGAAGAAGAAGAAGAAGAAGAAGAGGAGGAGGAGUCCGAUGCUCCUCUUUUGAACUCCGAGUCGGAGGAGGAGGAAGAGGAAGAAGAAGAGGAGGAGGAGGAUUCCGAUGACGAUAUUGUCUCCGACCUGAAGCCUGGUGAUCAACUAAACCCAUUAACUCUACACAAGUCUCUUGAAAAGUUUGAAGAAAGUCUUCUCCAUGCAACAAACUACGUCAAAGACACGGAAGGACUAGGUCGUAGCUGUUUCAAUCUUCUCGAAUAUGUAGAAAGUAUUUAUGAUUGCUUUCAUGAGAUUGAUAAAAGGUGGAAGAAAGUUGGCGAUUCUAAAGGAUUCUCGCUACGACCUUCUACACUUGAUGAAUUAACAUUUGACCAACUGCAAAGUUUUGUCCUAGAUCUACUAAACAAUGAGGCAGCUCUUUACUAUGAUGCGCUUGUCGAUUUUUUGGAGCCUUUUCCGCUUUCGGCUGCUAGGGAAAAACAACUCGAGAAGUUGAGGCUUGCCAUCAACUAUUAUGGUCUCCAGUUGGGACCUGCUUCUUACUACACCUCCUCCGAACCCGAUUACGAGUCUGACGACGAGGAGGACGACGCCGAGGAUGAUGCAUAAUCUAGUUCAUAUAUGAAAAGUUAAGUUAAUAUCUUAAACCCUUACUUGUUGGUGUUAUCAAGUUCGAAUGGUAACCUAUGUUAGACCUUUAUUUAUUAGUGUUAUUAUUAUGUUGUAAUGCUAAAUAUUUAGACCUUUAUUUAUUAGUGUGUCGUGCUUGAUUAUAAAAAUCAAAGGAACUCCCUGUUAAACUGCAACGGAAAUCUUCAACAACUGCUCUAAAUCGAAAAUUAGGGAGAAUAAGCAAGAAAUCAAAUCUAAUCAAUUAAUAAUAAUAAAUUUUCUUCUCUGCAAUUUAUAAUU